AUGAAGAAGACGAAAUCCACGAACGUGGCACACCGGAGGGAUGAGCCGCGGUGGCUGAGCGCGCGCGAGGCCAAGAGGCAUACCGAGCAGGUCUUCCUGGCGCUCAGCGUGGCCUGGAUCACUGUCUUUGGCCUCGUCACGGCGACGCAAGUGUACAAGCAGUUCGGCGACUUUGAGUACAUGGCGCUGGCGCUCGGCAUCUCGCUGCCGUUCCUCUUUGUCCCGCUCCUCUUCCCCUCGGCCGCCGAGAAGAACACGCCCAUCACCGAGAGAUACUUCUUCAAGGCACGCCCAUUGGCCCCACUUGAGGGCCAUAAAAGCUCAAGUUUAACCUAUGCGAAUGUGUGGAUCUGGCUGUUCGGUUUCGUCGGGAACUACUUCUGGACGCACUACUUCUACAAGGUGCUGGGCGCCUCCUACUCCUUCCCGGUCACCAUCAUGCUCAACGACGUGCCCUUCUUCCUCUAUCUGAUCACGCACGCCUACUUCUGCUCCUAUCACACGGUCUCCACCAUCCUGCUGAGGCGCUUUUGGACCAGUUCGCUUCUCAUCUUCGUGAUGUCGGUCAUCACCGCCUUCAUGGAGACCUACACCAUCUCUGAGGUGCCCUACUACUCCCAUACCGACAAGUUCCUCAUGUACACGGUGGGCUCGGUCUUCUACGCGAUCUACUUCUGCGUCUCCUUCCCCAUGUUCUACAGGCUGGACGAGGAGGCCGGGGACAAGUGGGACUUGCCGCGGGCGACGAUCGACUCGCUUGCUGCGGGGAUGACGGUGACCAUCUUCCUCGACUUCUGGCGCCUUCUGCUCCCCUCGAUCGAAGGCUCCGCCCUGGCGUGGAAGGGCAUCCCCUACUUCGACUGA